CGUGGUCCCUUUUUUUUUUCUUAAAUCUUAGCAUUUGUGGGGUUUUAUAAGAUGGUGAAGUUCUGAAUCUGGGUUUCAUCGCCCGAUAAUAAUAUCCCGAGUGAGAAGGAGAGUGUGAUAGGCUUUUAGAGUGAUGGAGCAGUCUCCGAAGAUUGCGUCUUUGUUCAUCUAUCCGAUCAAAUCCUGCCGCGGAAUCUCUGUUCCUCAGGCACCCGUUACUCCCACCGGAUUCCGAUGGGACCGUCACUGGCUAGUCGUGAACUACAAAGGGAGAGCAUACACUCAGAGGAUUGUGCCACAGCUUGCUCUGAUCAAACCGGAAAUGCCCCAGGAGGCGUUCUCAGAGGACUGGGAGCCUACAAACAAGUCUUUUAUGGUCAUAAGAGCUCCUGGAAUGAAUGAGCUCAAGAUCCCAUUGACAACACCGGACUCUGUGGCAGAAGGUGUCUCGAUGUGGGAGUGGUCUGGCUCUGCCUUGGACGAGGGAGAAGAAGCAGCUAAAUGGUUCUCAGAUUAUAUCGGGAAACCCAGCCGCUUGGUCCGUUUUAAGAAAGAUUCUGAACAUAGGCCUGUGGAUCCUCAGUAUGCGGCAGGAUACUCUACAACGUUUAUGGAUCUGUUUCCGUUCUUGUUUUUAUCUCAGGGUUCGUUGAAUGAAUUGAACAUGCUUCUGCCAGAGCCAGUUCCCGUGAACCGUUUCAGACCCAACAUCUUUCUGGAUGGCUGUGAGCCUUUUGGCGAAGACCUGUGGGAUGAAAUCAAAAUAAAUGACUUAGUAUUCAAAGGUGUGAGGCUAUGCAGCCGUUGCAAGGUACCAACUGUGGAUCAAGAAACUGCGGUUAUGGGCAGCGAGCCAACUGAAACACUGUUGAAGUUCAGAUCAGAUAAGGUCUUAAUGCCCGACAAAAAGCCCCGUGGAAAGGUGUUCUUUGGUAAGGAGAUGGUUUGGGAUUGGAAAGAAGGGAGCAGUGAUGGUAAAGGGAAGUUGAUCAAAGUUGGUGACCCCGUUCUUGUUGCCAAGAAGAUGACCUCGAGGAAUGAAGCAGCCAUCUGAAGAAAUAUAUUAUGCUUAUAUUAUGAUCUAAAACCUGAAUAAGUCAGUUGAGAUAUAUAAUAUGAUGCGUGUUAUGUGAAUGGAUAUAUAUAUAUAUAUAUAUAUCAGUGUUUGAUGUAACUUUCCUAUCUUGUUUGGGUCGGAUGUCAGAUUGUUUCA